GCGGAAGAGAGGAGAGGACACGCCUGCUACCUUCACUUCUCCACUCCGCCGCGCUCAUGCUCGUGAGCAGCCCGGCUUCUUUUGCUGCUUCUCUCGUUACAGUCGCAGCCCGUGUCGUUCUUUUUUGUGCUUAAUGAACCCCGAGGAGCCGAGCUCUGGGGUCGCUGUUCCCCCCGCUGAGAGCUUUCCCCAGGCACCUGCUCCCCGCCCCGCUACGGACCCGUUCCCGAGGGGCGCAGGGCGGGCACCGCCGCCUCCCGCCCUGGCAGGAGGAGGAGGAGGAGCCGCGGCCGAGGCCGUGCUGCCGAUGGCGGCGGGCGGCGGGGUCGGGCUGCUGGCCUUCCUGCGGCUGCUGGGGCAGCUUAAGAGAGUACCGCGGACAGGAUGGGUCUACAGGAACGUGGCAAACCCAGAGAGCGUCUCCGACCAUAUGUACAGGAUGGCGAUGAUGGCUUUGGUGACUGAAGAUAAAAACCUUAACAAGGACAGAUGCCUACGAUUAGCUUUGGUUCAUGAUAUGGCCGAAUGCAUUGUUGGAGAUAUUGCUCCUGCAGAUAAUAUCCCGAAAGAGGAGAAACACAGGAGAGAAAAGACAGCUAUGCAACAACUGACCCAGCUUCUAUCAGAGGACCUCAGAAAAGAAAUCUAUGAACUCUGGGAAGAAUAUGAAAACCAGUCUACUGCAGAGGCCAAGUUUGUAAAGCAGUUGGAUCAGUGUGAGAUGAUACUGCAAGCAUUUGAGUAUGAAGAGUUGGAAAACACACCUGGCAGACUGCAGGAUUUUUUUGAUUCAACUGCUGGGAAAUUUGUUCACCCAGAAAUACUCCAGCUUGUAUCUCUGAUUAACAGAGAAAGGAAAAAAAGAACAGCUGCCACAUCUCAUCCACUUCCCUGAGGUGUUCCUAAAUGCUGUAGCCAUAAUAAAUACUUUGGUUUAUAUUCUCGUCAUUA